AUGCCUGGCAUUCCCAUACUCACAAUUCCAGAGGGUGCUUAUAAUCCUAAUGCAUACACUUUGUCUCCAGCCCUGAGGCAAUCCAGAAUAGUGGUAUAUUUGAUAAAAUUGACUCAUGGAUCUGCCGUAGCGUUAGUUCUUGCUUAUGCGGUGGGAUUCUUUGUGUUGAAGCCGCUUCUAGAGACCAAUGCUGUACGUCGUUUAGAGCUCUUGGAGCUUUUCAGAGGAAAAUUGCGUGAUUGCUACCUCAAUUUGAUCGGAAGAGUAUCUUAUAUCCCAAUAGUAGCAAAGAAGAAGAAUAAUGAUGGAAAAUUGUAUGCUGAUGCCGUGAUACAGACCGACGAUUCAUUCUUGGACAAGAAUAGACAUAGAAACAAAGCCGAAGAAGAAGAGGAAGAGCUUGCAAAGGACAAGUUAUAUCAGAACAGAAUGGUGAAAAAGUUGAAUAAACUUUCUGAAAAGUUGAAUGAAUGCAUUCCUUAUUCGACUGAGAAGUUGAGUUACUACAAAAGUACUAAUUUCUCUAUUAAGGAUUUCCAGAACAAGGCAGAUUUGAAAUACUUCAACUAUUCCGAGUUCAUUUCCACUGAGAUACCGGCUGAAGGUGAUAAGCCCGCCAGAAAGAAGAAUAUUGCUGUCGAGACUCAGAAUGAGAUCAGAAGUAUCAAGGGAUUAUAUAUGAGUGGACAGGUUUGA